AUGGUUUCAGUCGCGUUUAAAAUGUUGAACUACAACCCUAAAACGAACAUCAGAUCCUUAGAAACAUUGCACACGUUAUGCAAAACAAUGGCGAUUUUACCACCUGUAAACUUGUGCAACGUCGAGGAUUACAAGAGCAAGUAUUUGUACGGAUCUGCAGCUGCUUGCCUUCUCCUAUUUUCCUAUGUUUACACAAUCUAUGGAAAAAUCGUUUACGUACAAAAAACCAUGUCGGUAACUGGAUUCGUGAUUGACGUUGGAUCGGAUUUAACAUUGAUCGUGGCCAACCUCAUCUCUAUCGUGGGUAUCAACUUGAUGAAUGGAAAUAUCGUCAGCAUCUUCUUAACUAAUAUGAAGAAAAUAGACAUCGACUUCCAGUAUAUACCCAGUGAAUCUAAGCAUCCCAAUAUAAGGUUUGUAAUGGAAAUGGUACUAAUUCACAUCUACAUGAUCAUCUUCUUUACGUAUAACCUAUACACGUGGAUGAGCACCUUGGGAAUGCAUAUCUAUAAGUUCUUCUUUCUGAAAGACUUCCAGAGCUAUUACAUUAUCGUGCUGGCAAUGCUCUUAAGGAAUUACGCGUACGCCAUCAAGUAUAGGAUGGAAGUGCUGAAUGGGAUCUUGACGAGAGGAGAAUGGUCACAGACUAACAACAUUUGCGCUAAUUAUUCGGGAUCAGCCUCAGCUAAAAUAAAGACGAAACAGCAAUGGACUUUGAAAAAAAUCACUAAGCAGUUCACAAAUCUGACAAAUCUGAUUGAUCUGUACAACAAAAUCUUCGGUUGGCAAUUCGUUAGCCUUUACAUAGUCAUCGUGUUCAACCUAUUGCUUCCUAUAAACUUAGCCUUGAUCUAUGGAUCAGGAGAAAAGGACAUCGACGGAUUUAAAUAUGGAUCUGAACUGGUUAUUGUUUGCAUAAUGCGGGCGUCCUUACCAAUUAUCACAGCUUUGGCCAUUUUCUCUGCUUGCAACCAUGCAACUGAUGAGAUAAAGCUUACUUCAGUGAUCUCCUACAAUCUUAUCCAAGAGCUUGGAGAAGUUCCCAACGAUUUAAAUUACAAGCAGGAAUUGCAAGAACUGGCACUAUUAGCUACCAAUAAAUGUCCAUCAUUCUCAGCCGCUGGUUUCUUUGCGGUUAAUUACAGUGCUUUGUUUGGUUUGGUUGGAUCCAUCACUUCAUAUCUCAUUGUUCUAAUUCAAUUUAAUAAAUAA